AUGCCUUUUCAUUACCAUAGGUCCGCAUCCAGCUCUUUCUAUCAUUGUAGGUUACCGCAUGUCAACAUAAAGGACGAGAUCACAAUCAAGGAGGUCACCGAGGCAGGUGUUAUGUUUGUCGUGACCACGUUCUUUCUAGCCCCUUACAUAUACUAG